AUGAGCCAGGGAGUUGGCAAUAUCAAGUUGCAGAAAACCUGCGAGUCCGGUCCACCAAUUUUACCAAUUGUAAAUAUAGAAGAAUCUAUGCAGAAUAGGUCAAUAGUAUCAUUACCUAAUGUUGAGGGUUCAAAUUCAAAAACGCUAAUAACUUCAUUGGACCCAAAUGAUCCUAAUUCGGACAAUAUGUUCUCUGAUUCGAAAGAAGUUAUAAUUCCUUUAUCACCAUUGAAAAAAGUUAUUACUACUAAUUCGGAUAAUGGAUAUUUACCGGUUCAAGAUUCGGAUAGUAAUAGGAUUUCACAGGCGUCAUCUGGCUCAGGUUCAUUACCAUCCUGGGCUUACGCGUAUUAUACUCUUCCAUCAGACAGUAACAGGGAUACCCUUUUGCAAGAUAGAACAGAUGAAUCAGACAUAAUCAUAUUGGAUCCUUCAACCUCUGCGGCAGCAGGUGUUGGAACUCCUGAUUAUAGCAAUAAGAAAAGCAAUUCUCAAAAAUCCCCAUCGAGUCGUAGUAAACCUUCUCGUUUUUCAUUUAAAAUACCUUCUACGACAAGUUUUUAUACAUUAUCACAACGAGCAUAUCAUUACUCAAGGGAACCUUUUAUUAUAUGUCCAUUCGGUUCGGUUUUGUUUACGAUGGGAUUUUUAUUUCCACCACUUUGGUGGUUUGGAUCUUUUUACCCUCGACAUUCAAAAUCUACCACGGAUUUUCGGUGGAAAAAAUACAAUAGGUUAAUGUCUAUUUUUUCAUUCUUCUUGAUAGCUGGUAUAUUGGUUAUAACAAUUUGGUAUUUAAGAUAUUAUGAAGAACCGGAUGAAUUUAGAUUGGUAUAA